AUGUGCUAAUAUGGCAAAUCUGUGACACUUCAGUGCACCAAGGAAGGCCUGUUCAUCGUGGUGGUGGCCAGAGAUGCAACUCUGCCCAACACUGACUUGGAGACAAUUUCUUUCUAUGAGAAUGGUCACAGCUGCAAUCCAGUUGGCAGCACUUCAGCUUUUGCCAUCUAUGAGUUCCCUGUCACUGCCUGUGGUACAGUUGUAAAAGAGGAACCUGGUGUUCUAAUUUACGAGAACAGGAUGUAUUCCGUAUACCAAGUGAUUACUGGACCCCAUGGAUCCAUUACCAGGGACACCUACAAUGAGUUGUUGUUCCAGUGCAGAUAUGUUGGCACCACAGUUGAGGCUUUGGUUAUUGAUGUUGGUCCGGUUCCUCCGCCAAACUCAGUUGCAGCUGCUGGACCUGUGCGUGUGGAACUCAAGCUGGCCAAUGGACAAUGUGUUGCCAAGGGUUGUGUUGAAGAAGAGGAAGUCUACACCUCUUUUUACACCGCUGCCGAAUACCCUGUCAGAAAGGUUUUGAGGGAUCCUGUUUACGUUGAGGUCUACCUGAUGGAGAGGACCGAUCCCAACCUUGUCUUAACUCUUGGAAGAUGUCGGGCAACCUCUGAUUCCUAUCUUCAUAGUCUUCCUCAGUGGGACUUCCUGAUUGAUGGCUGCCCCUAUUGUGAUGACCGCUACCUAACAACCCUGCUUGCCAGACCCUCAUUUGGAUUCAAGUUUCCAAGCCACCACAACCGCUUUGUUUUCAAAAUGUUCCAUUUUGUAGGUGAUGGUAGUUCAACCCAGUCAGCAGCUACAAAGCCAAACAUUAUGCCUCCUUUACAGGAAAAGGUAUAGCAUCCCAAUACUAAGCGAAAAAUAUCUUUAUCUUCAUUUCAUGCUUACUUUUUGUUGUAACAUAUUUUCAAAGAUGUGCUUUUUUUCUGUUUUUGACCAGCUGUACAUCCACUGUGAUGUAGCUAUUUGCCAACCUACUCUUGGAAAUAACUGUGAACCCAGGUGCUUCAGAAAAAGGAGAGAAAUUGCUGGUUCUGUCAAGAAAGUCACAAGAGAAGAAACCACUGUGGUUAGCAGCCCAGAGCUUAUCUUUGUGCAAAGAAGUACAGAGUCACAAUAUCCUAAC